UGCAUGCUGACUGCAGAGAGAGACAGACAAGAUUUCAGUUCACUAUAGAUGGCUGUGACUGGAGAUGAAACAGAAUCAGGCGAUGGACGGCUCACCCAGUUCUCUGCCCAGCCCUCAGCAGCUGACCGAGGAAGCAUCACGCAAGAGGGAACUCCGACUUAUGAAAAACAGGGAGGCUGCCCGGGAAUGUCGACGGAAGAAGAAAGAAUAUGUCAGAUGUCUCGAGAACCGAGUUGCCGUGCUUGAAAAACAAAACAAGAUGCUUAUUGAAGAACUCAAGGCUCUUAAAGCACUAUACUGUCACAAAACUGAAUAACAACAGUCCACUGCAAACCAAAACACGGAAGACUAUACCGUUUACAGUUUUUUCACCUAAUGUCUAGCCACAUCGUGUAAUAAUCGGAAAAGGUGCAUGGUCUGUGACGUCCCAUGUGCGAAUGAUGUGUGCAUGUGUGUACACCGGAGGCCUAAGUGCUAUAGAGCCAGUCAGUGUGGUGUGUUGCCCGUGUUACUUCUGCUUUUUGCAGGAGGGUGGCAAAAGAGUACAGACGCAGGGAGAAGGACUAUGUACGGAGCUCAGAGAUGGGCAUCGCCAUCACUGAAAACCAGAAGCAGAAAAUGACAGAAGAGCUAGUCUAAGGCUAAGGCAAAUGUGCACUGAAAAGUCUGAUUCAUUUUAGUGGCACAAUAGACUGCUGCCAUCUGAUUUUGAUUCUGUAAAAUAUUGUUGUCAUAUGUGUGUUUUGUAUCUUCUGUGAAAAUUUAACAAUAGACCAGCACUGCCUUUGCUCAUUAGGCUCUUUGGAAGAUUUUAUAUGCACAAUUGGAUUUAAUAUUUCAAAUAUUUACUGUCAGACUAUCUACUUUAAAGAUAUAUUUACUUUAAUAUCAAAGGAUUGCUUAUAUGAGUAAUUCACAAACA